AUCACAUUCACUAGGCAAUUUGCCUCGAGAAUUUUGGGCAUUCAUCAGCAGCGUCUUCAGUUUGAUGAUCUUUUUUAUGCCUCCUAGCAAUGCAUCCCUUGAAUUUUCUUCCCUUCCUUGUCGCCUCCUCUAUGGCGGCGACAGACGUCGUCUCGGCCAGGCUUUUUAGUGAGCGUAAUUAUAAGGGCAAGCACGUCGAUGUUCACGGGUUUGGGUGCUCAAAUGUGAAUACUAUAGGGUUCCAAGUCAAAAGCGUCCAUCGUAGAAAGCAAACCUUUUGUUACGCGUACAGCAAGAUAAAUUGCAAAGGCUCGAGUAUCUUUUUCGUGCUCGAUGUGCCCAAUAUAGACACGGAUCUUACAACCCAUUCUAUCCACUGUACUGAUGCUUCAGGCUAAAGGGAUACCUGGUGUAAGAGGUCACCCAACGGUCGGAAAAUUAAGUUGCAGAACGGGGAGGAUAGUGAUUGUCAUUUAUAAGCAAGAUGGUUUGUGUCUUGUGAUCAGAUGAGGCUUGUAUUGAGGCUACUUCCCAGGAGUUUAAUCC